AUGCCGAAACGAGGAAAAACAUUGAAUAGUCAAUGUCGUGAGCUUGUACUAAAGCUACAGGAUUACUUUGAGCGUGAGUCACAAAAUGGCGGCCCUUUGAUUCCUGUCACUCAAGUAAAAGAUCGGGUUUCACAAGCUCUUGGAAUUGGUGCAAAAACACUAUAUAAUAUAAAUAAAGAAAAAUUUGGUGCUUCUGGAAGUGAAGAUAAUGUUUUACGCACUCCUAAGAAAAAACGAAGACAAAAGCCCGUGACAGAUAUUGACACUUUUGACGCCGAUGCAAUGAGAAAUCAUAUAUAUGGUUACUAUUCCAGAAAUGAAUAUCUCAACAGGAAGAAGCUUUUGGCAUCGUUAAGAGAAGCUGGACUGUUUAGCGGGGGUAAAACUGCUUUAACCAAAAUCUUAAAAGAUAUUGGUUUUUCGUAUAAAAAAACAGACAAAAGAAAAAUUUUAUUAGAACGAUACGACAUAAUUUUAAAAUGGAUAAGUUUUUUGAGAGAAGCAAAAAAUAUUGAUAACUGGGAUAAUGUCGUGUUCAUUGACGAGACAUGGCUUAACGCCAAUCACACGGUUUCCCGUUCUUGGACGGAUGAUACACAAGCGUUGACGUCGAAAGUACCGAUGGGUAAGGGGGCCCGUCUGAUAAUAUGCCACGCAGGUUCUGCAAAAUACGGCUUUGUGAAGAACGCGUUACUGGCAUUUCAAUCAAAAACCACAAAUGACUACCACGAGGUAAUGAAUGCCACUACAUUUAAAGAGUGGUUCCAGAACGUGCUUUUGCCCAGCCUACCAGAGCCUUCUGUAAUAUUCAUGGAUAAUGCCUCCUAUCACUCGGUUCAAAUACAGAAACCACCUACCCAAGCUAAUAAAAAAGAAGAAAUGGUGGCUUGGUUACAAGCAAAAGGCAUUGACGCAAAUAUGCAGAUGCUAAAACCAGAGCUAAUUAAAUUAGUGAAAGAAAAUAAAGCGGCAAAUGUGCGAUACGAAAUCGAUGAACUCGCUCUGGAGUACGGUCAUCGCGUUCUAAGGAUUCCACCGUAUCAUUGCCAAUAUAAUGCGAUUGAGCUAAUCUGGACUCAAAUAAAAGGUUACGCCGCCCGCCACAAUACUUCCCCGCCAUUCAGCACGAAAAAGAUAAUGACCGUAUUAAAAGAAGCCUGCGGGGAAGUCACAAGAGAUGACUGGGCAAAGGUUGUUGAGAAGACUAAAAACCUGAUUGUGGAACAUUUUGACCGAGAUAUCAGGAUUGAUUCUGUUAUUGAUAAUAAUAUAAUUAUACAUGUAGGCGAAGAUGAUGAUGAAGACACCACCUCCUCAAGCGAAUUGGAGUCUGAUUAA